CCACGGGUUGUUGACCGGAUGCCCACAAGCGUGCCAUCGCCGCCGGUGCCAAUGACGACGCGCCGAAGCGCCGCGCCCGACAGCAACAAGGAGGCGCAUAUCGCGGCGCUGAGUCCUCUCGACACUGCGAGCGCCAACGACGACGGCCCGACCGCCCAGGUCCCGCCGCCAACGGCCGAGGCCGCGCCGCGCGUGUCGCCGACGCACCCGCUUCUGCGCAAGUCGUCGUCCAACUUUGGCCGCGAGAAGAUCCUCGGACGGUACACCGUCACAGACGCCAACCUCAUGUGCAGUGAGAUCCUCGACCAAAUGAACGCCAAGCUGAGCGGCAGCAUGGCCGACGCCAAGCCUCCAGUUGCCAUCAACUGGGACGACGUUGCCGCCAAGAUGGCGUCCAAGCACAAAUUGCAGUGGCGGCCUCGCGCUUGCCAAGAGCUCUGGAAGUUUCUCGCCUACGAAGACGUGCCGCCGCAUGGAAUGGACCUCUCGGGCGCCGCGUCAGACAGCGACGACGACGCGCUCGCGCCCGACUCGGACGUAGAGGACCUCGGCGCGACGGCUGAGAUCUUGGAGCACAAGCGCGCAGCCUUCAAGCUCAACGACAAGACCGAGAAGAUCCAGCCGGUGAUGCAGACCAAGGGCCUUUUUGAGAACGUGGGCGCCAAGCCCCGCGUGACACCGUCGCCCAAGCCCGUCAAGCCGACACCUGACGCCGAGCCGCUGCGCCUGUACCCGACGUACCACCCCAACGGGUACGAGAAGCGACCACGGGCCGAGACGGACGAAGCCAGAGGCAGCUACGCGCCGCUGCAUGUGGUCGCAGAGCAAUUCCUAAAGCGCCGCAAGCUCGAGACGUUUGCUGCGCAGAAGAGCACGAUGCCCGUAAAGCAGCUGCUGUCGCUGCCGCCGCAGGUGCCGCCGCGGCCCGUGCCCGCGUCUGGCGCGUUCGACUACUUCAAGGACCUCUACGUCGAGCGCUCAGUGACAGAUAUUCACGUUCUGCAGCAGCUCUUCCAGGGUGCAUCACCCGCCGUUUUGGCCAAGUGCCAGCAGCUCGCGAUGCAGGACCUCGAGCGCUUCCAGCGCGAGUGCCUUCGCUAUCGCUUGUAUGAGAAAGCUCGUCUUACGACGGGAUCGCCGCAGAAUCUUCAGCACCAAGAGCAAGAACAGCGCCAGCAGCAGUUCCAACAGCAGCAGCAACAACAACAGCAGCAGCAGCAACAACAACAACAACAUCAACAGCAGCAACGGCAGCAGCAGCAACAACACCAGCAGUACCAGCAUCAACACUCGAAUCAGCAGCAAGUCCCCCAAAAACCGGCCCCGUCCAAGCAACCCGCACACAAGCAGCCGGCACCGAAGAAGCCAUCUCAGAAGCAACCAACGCCAAAGCUGCAACAUCACCCGUCGCAGGUCCAGUAUGCCCCGUACGGCCCGCAGCACCAGCAUCAGCAGCGACAAGCGCAGUACGCGCAGCAGCAGCGAGGACACCAUCCGCACCCAACGACCCCGUCAGCUCAACACCAAGCGACUCUGCACUACCAGCACCAUCUGCAGCAGCAGCAGCAACAACAGCAGCAGCAGCCACAACAUGGCGCGAAUCCGAAUGCAUAACGAAGUCGUCCUCAUGUGCACCGGUAAAUCAAAGCUGGUAACUUGCGG